AUGCUCACAUCGUGUGCUUUCCAGCCAGUCUUUGGACGCAUCUUCAUGCUGUAUUCGGUCAAGUGGUCAUAUCUCACUGCCAUGAUUUUAUUCGAACUUGGCUCCCUCCUCUGCGGACUGGCACCAAACUCGGCGACCCUGAUUGUUGGGCGGGCUAUUGCGGGGUUCGGCAGUGCUGGUAUUCUAAUCGGCAGCUUUAUCAUCGUGACGAUGGCUGUUCCGCUGCAGAAGCGUCCUGUCUUCACGUCCGUGGUUGGCUUGAUGUUCGGUGUCGGGGCCUCGGUCGGACCUCUCCUAGGUGGUGUCUUUACGGACCUUGUGACGUGGAGAUGGUGCUUCUAUAUCAACUUGCCGCUUGGUGGUGUAACCAUCAUCUGCUUGAUUCUGUUCUUCAACCCCCAAAAAAGCAAUCGCAACGCCGGAACAUUCUUUGACAGAUUUAAGGACCUUGAUAUUGUGGGCAAUAUCCUCAUUCUGGGCGCUUUCAUCAUGCUCUUCCUGGCGCUUGAACAUACGACUCGAGGCUUUUCAUGGAACCACCCACUCAUCAUUUGGCUUUUAGCCGGUUGUGGUAUUACCGCCAUUAUAUUCAUGGUUUGGCAAUGGGCUAAAGGGGAUGCGGCAUUGAUCCCCCCUCGCAUCAUCGAGCAGCGUACGGUGGCGGCAUCAUGCGGCACGGCCUUCAUGAUAUACGCGAUCUUGAUCAACAUGACCUUCUUCCUCCCGAUCUGGUUCCAGGCCGUCAAAAAUGACACUGCCAUGCGCUCAGGCGUGCACAUGGUCCCGUUCUUUGUAACCCAGUCGGUCUUUUCACUGAUUGCAGGAGGCAUCGUGUCCAAAACUGGUUACGCAACCCCUCCAGCAGUAAUCGGCUCUGCUAUUGGCACUGUUGGCCUCGGAUUGCUGACUCUGUUGAAGCCCGGCACAGGAACAGCCCAGUGGGUAGGCUAUGAAGUUUUAACGAGCGCUGGCUUUGGCCUGUCGAUUCAACAAUGCUUCACAGCAGUGCAGACGGUACUUAGCGAGGAGGACGUGGCGUUGGGAACUGCGGCCGUAUCCGCUGCUCAGUCGCUUGGAGGCGCUAUCUUCGUGUCGGUAGGAAACAGUGUAUUUCAGCAUCAGUUGCUCAAGGCAGCCGACGCCAACUUGCUCCCGGGAGUCGACAUCAAGCAGGUGAUCGAGGCGGGUGCGACAGCGUUCCGCGACUUGAUAUCGGCGGAGCAACUGCCCGCCAUGAUUCGGGUUUACAAUAAGGCGAUUCAGGCGGCGCUCAUCAUCCCCAUUCCGCUAGGAAUACUCGCAACUCUUAUUGCGUGCUUCAUCGAAUUCAGAUCGGUGAAGAAACUCAUAAAGACCAACGAGGAGUCAGGCACAUGCAGCACUGAACUUUCCGACCAGAGGCCAGGUACGAGCGCACGAAUCUAA